AUGAAAUUGAAGAAUGUGAAAUCUGCUUUAUCUGCCUGGAGUAAGGCAACUUUUGGUUAUAUUUUCAAGCAACUGACAGUAAGGGAAGAGGUGGUGAGAAUUAAAGAACAAUGUUUUGAAGAGGAUCCUACUCCUAUGAACAGGAUGGUGCUACAGCAAGCACAAGCAGCAUUGAAAAAAUAUAUCAGAAGAAUUCAGAAUCAGCAAGGAGUAUGGAUAGAAGGUGAGUCACUUUUGGCAGAAGAAGCUUGUAGAUUUUACCAACAGCAGUUCUCUCAAGAGGUUGAUCCAUUAGACUUUGAAUUGCUACAACAUGUUCCUAGUAUGGUGGAUCAGGAUACUAACAAUCAGCUGGUGUGUUUGGAUAUUGUUGGUGCUAAUGUAUACAAUCCUGUGAAAGCCUUUUUUGAUGGCCAAACUCUUCCAAAGUCAGUCACACAUACCAACCUGGUACUAUUACCAAAGAAGAAUAACAUUGAGACCUUUGCUGAUAUGAGACCAAUCAGUCUCAGUAACUUCAUCAACAAGGUUAUUUCUAGAGUGGUUCAGGAUAAACUGGAUGGCAUUCUUCCUUCUCUGAUAUCUCCCAACCAGUCUGGAUUUUUUAAGGGCAGAUGUAUUAUUGAAAAUGUCCUUCUAACUCAAGAAGUUGUGACUGACAUUAGACUAAGAGAAAAACCAGCUAAUGUUGUACUUAAGCUUGACAUGGCUAAAGCAUAUGAUAUAGUAUCAUGGAGUUACUUGAUCAGAGUUUUAAGGAAGAUGGGAUUUGUAGAAAUUUUCAUAGAUAUGGUUUGGAGGCUGAUAGCAAAUAAUUGGACAACAAAUACUCUAUGGGCAAACUACAUGUGGAUCAAAUAUUGCAAAAGGCACAGUCCUCAGACUGUGCAGUGGAAGGGAGGUUCUCAAGUAUGGAAGGCUAUGAUAGAGGCUAGAGAUAAUAUAGAGCAAGAAAUAUGGUGGGAACCAAGGAGUGGAACUGCAAAUGUAUGGUUUGACAACUGGACAAAGCUAGGGGCUCUAUAUCACAUCAUUCCAGAUGAUUUUGAGAUAGAUGAGGGUGUUCAGGAUGUAAAAGAACUUAUGUUGCAGGAUGGUUGGAAUAUAGGAAAAUUGCAGUAG